GCUCGAGGGGUCGAGCCUGGCCCGAACCGGCGGCGAUGCACACUCAGCGGUGACCCCGGCGCCUCGGACGGGCGGGAGGAAGAGGCCGCGGCGCUGGCGUGGGGAUGUCGAGGAGCUCGAAGGUGGUGCUGGGCCUCUCGGUGCUGCUGACGGUGGCCACGGUGGCCGGCGUGCAUCUGAAGCAGCGGCAGGACCAGCAGAGGCUUCGUGACGGAGUGAUCAGAGACAUUGAGAGGCAGAAUCGGAAAAAAGAAAACAUUCGUCUUUUGGAAGAACAGAUUAUUUUGACUGAGCAACUUGAAGCAGAAAGAGAGAAGAUGUUAUUGGCAAAAGGAUCUCAAAAAACAUGACUUGAAUACGAAAUAUCAGUGGGACAGACAACGCUGAGUGUGUGUGUGUGUGUUGAUGGAGAAUAGCUUAGUGAUAUCUUGACCUUUUUUUUUUUGUCACUGUCCUUUAAAACUUGAUCAAAUAAAGGACAGUGGAUCAUAUAUUCUAAAUUACUGCUUUAUAAAUCCCUUGUGUCUGAGUAAAGGUGUGGGCAGGCACUCUUCUGAAGAGUUUCUGUGUGAUCCUGGUAGAAGCCCCUUUAAGUUCAGUGUCCAGAGCUUAGGAUUGUUACUGAAAAAUAGUUCUGAACUUGUGAGAAGGAAGGGAUGGAUAGUAACAUCCACUUGAGUAGUUUGAUAAGUCGGCACGAUGAUGAAGCCACAAGAACGUCUACCUCGGAAGGGCUGGAGGAGGGAGAAGUGGAAGGGGAGACCCUCCUGAUUGUUGAAUCAGAGGAUCAGGCAUCAGUGGACUUAUCUCAUGACCAGAGUGGGGAUUCCCUCAACAGCGAUGAAGGAGAUGUGUCCUGGGUGGAGGAGCAGCUGUCUUACUUCUGUGACAAGUGCCAAAAAUGGAUACCGGCCAGUAAGGAGCUUCUCAAUUCCUUUGAUUUGUCAAUGCCUGUGUGAAGGUUUGUUUUUCUAACCUGUGGAAGAAACAUGAAUGUAAAAUAGAUGUAAAUAGAAGGAUAAUGAUAUUUAUUAUUUACUUGAUCAACUAUAAAUUUAUAUAAAACAUAGACACAUUUGUAUUAAUAAAAAUUGUCAACCUCUAUCACAUUGGUAAAUUAACAUUCUUGAUGAUAACUCAAUAAAAAUAAGAAAAUUGGAAA